AUGGAUACUUUAAUUUCCUUUAAUACCAAAUUUAUGAAUAAAAUAAGAACUGCUGGUGAUGGAAUGGAAUCCGUAGACUUUACGAAAGAAGGUCGUCCAAUAUCCGAAACAAAAUCUACUACUGGAUUAAGCUGUCAAGAGUCUUUGCCUGGUCGCAGGCUUGUACAAAUAUAUCCAAGCAAAGUUGUUACACCCGAAAGAAGAAGCUCACAUAUAUAUUCCAAGACUCCGAAAUUCGUUCCCUAUGAACCAUACCCGGGGGCUGUUAAACCUAUCACACCAAACUUUAACUCUAAAGGAAGCAAAAAAUCACGAAAUCAUAUGGAUAUUAAUAAAUUAAUUAAUCAAAUGUCACAAAUGAAUACCACCAUAAAUGAAUAUAGGCCAAGGAGUAAACUAUUAUCAUGCAGUGAUAAAUCUGAAACAGAUUGUGAUAAGGUUAAUUUAGAUAAUGAAAAGCAAAAGAAAAUUGAUGAACUAACCAAAGAAAAUGAAAGUUUGAAAGAACAACUCAAACAACAAGCGCAGGUAAAUAAAGAAUUAAAAACGAUGCUAGUGGCAUCAAUGGGUGAAGAUUUGGAGUUCAAAGUACACUCACUUAACGAAGAUAAAAAACAUUUGGCCAAUGCUUUGCUGAACUCAGCUCAACAUUUGUCUACCCAUCAGGAACAAACUGAAUGGUUGGCUGGUCAAUGCGAAGUGUGGAGAAGUAAAUUCUUAGCGAGCAGUUUAAUGAUUGAAGAACUUGCCAUGUGUAAGAAAGUUUUGACUGAAAAAACAGUUAAUUUACAACAGUCAAUUACCCAGUUGCUCGAUGAAAGAUGCAGAAUAAGGGAUAUGUUGAUAUGCACAUACAAGAACUUGUAUGGCUUACACGAGAAUUGGCUAGAAAAUAUAGCUAUAUCCGAAUAUAUGGGAAAUAAAAACCGUCCAAUCGGUAAUCUAAAUUUUACCACGACCAUGCCACAUUCAGCAAAUGUCCUCGAUUUGGCGUCAACAAACUUGAAAUUGUCCGAAAAUAUUAGUAGCUCUAUUGAAAAACCAGACGUAAGCCAUUUGGAUAAAUUAUCGACUGUCACUGAAGCGGAGAAAUAUGCUGAGCAAGUAAUGGCUGCACCGUUUGAAAUAAGAAAAGUGAACGAGGGACCUGUACAUGCUUUAGUGAAUCAUGCUUAUAAUAGUAGUGGGAAUAUAGCAGUAGCUUCUUGUGUACAUUGUAAUGGAAAAGUUCAGCUACUAUAA